AUUUAUAUGUCCUUUGUUAUGCCUACGUUGUAUGAGUAGCUUCUGUGUUCGAAGAGUCCCUAGCCCCUCUCUCUCCUCCGACAAAUUGCAUUUGUGGUGUAGAGAGAGAAACAAUUUGUGCUCUCUCUCUCUCUCUCCUCCACAGGAGAAACAAUUAGCAUUUGCAGCUGAUUGCCUUAUUCGUCUUUUCCGGUUUAGUUUUUACCGGAGAGAAGAGUUUGCGGUUGUGGUCGAAGAAUCCUCGAUAGAAAUACAGAUGCCUUCCAUAUCGAGCGGCGAUUUAAGCAGUCCCUUGGAUGGUGGGGUGGACUUUGGCUCGGUGAAGACGGUUCCGGAGAGCCAUGCAUGGCAGGAACCGGAGGGCUUCUCACUCGAGUCGUCUGAUUUGGAUGGCAUUCCGGUUAUCGAUUUGUCGACGCCUUGGUGGGGCGUUGCGAGGGAAAUUGGAAGGGCUUGUGCUAGUUGGGGCGCGUUCCAGGUCGUCAACCAUGGGGUUCCCGAUAAUGUUUUGAAGAGAGUGGAGGAGCAAGGGUGGCGCCUCUUCUCGCUCCCGCCGGAUCAGAAGCUCAAGGCUGAGAGGGGGCCGGACGAGAUUGCCGGGUUCGGCGCGCCCCGUAUCACGCAUUUCUUCCCGAAGCGCAUGUGGACCGAGGGGUUCACCGUCUUCGGGUCGCCCCUCGAGCAGGCUCGCCGCCUCUGGCCCCAUGACCACAUGCAAUUUUGUGAGGUGAUAGAGGAGUAUCAGAGCGAGAUGAAGAGUUUAACAGUCAAGCUUUUGGAGUUGAUACUGGAAUGGGUAGGUGCAGGCAAAGAGGACUUGAAUUGGGAGGUUGGGGACUCAAGUGGGGUGACCCAAUUGAACUCGUACCCGUCGUGCCCGGAGCCGUCCCGGGCCAUGGGGCUCGCGCCGCACACAGACUCGUCCCUCCUCACGGUCAUCCACCAGAGCAACACCAGCGGCCUCCAGUUACUGGAUGCCUCUGGGCAGAAAUGGGUCACAGUUCCUCCGGUACAUGGAGCGCUAGUAGUGAACAUUGGAGAUCUGCUCCACAUCCUCUCGAACGGUCGGUGCAGAUCUUCGAUGCACCGCGCCGUCGUGAAUAGGGUCCACCACCGCCUGUCAUUCGCCUAUUUUUGUUUCCCGUCUCCGGGGGCCACCGUCGAACCGCUGAUCGGACCGGAUGAGCCGACGGCCCUGUACCGCUCGGUGACAUGGACAGAAUACCUCAGGAUCAAAGGGACGCUAUUUAACAAUGCCCUUUUCUCUCUCCUCCUACCGGAUUCGGGCUUCUCGACACGGCUGCAACAGCCUUUCUCUCUCCUCCCCUCGCAGUCACGGCCUAGUGUGAUGCAAGAGUCACAUUAGAGAGAACAGUGUAAUACAAGAAGGAACCCCUAGAGAGAGAGAGGACGUGAGCUCUUUUUAGAGAGAGAAAAUUGAGAGCUGUUUUUAGAGAUGAUAUGAAAAGGUGUCUAUAUCAUAUAAAAUGGGAGU